AUGAAGCACAUAAUUUUUUUUGAAUGUCUUCUUGUUACUAUUCUUUUAAGCGCGCACUUAACAAAAUGUGACAUUAAUUUAGGGGGACGUCGACCCACAAAACCACCUAUCAGUUCCACUUCUAGUGAAAGUGAACAGAGUAGUGCAUCAUCCGAAAGCAUAUCAAGCCCAAGUGAAACACCAAGCAGUUCAGAAACAGUAUCGAGUCCUUCUGAACCCUCAAGCGAUUCUGAGGUAAUAUCAAAUUCAUCAGAGAAUGAAUCCACGGAUAGUUCAGAAUCAUCAUCGUCAUCUGAAGGUUCAUCCGCUGGUGGGG